CCGCGCGCCAACCCAGCCCCUGGAACUACGCUCCCGUCGUGCCCCUCGGCGGCGGAGGCGGAGGCGGGGCGGUCGGUCGGUUGCUAAGCCUGAGGGAAGCGCUACGCUCGCGCCUGGCUCCUCAGUCGGAGCCCCGCCGAGAGGAUGGACCCCAGCCUGGGCACCCUGGAGAAGCCUGGGGACGAGGACGGGAAGGCCGAGGGGGCCGGGAGCCCAGAGCGGGGGCCCGCGCCCUGGCAAGCUCUCCCCGUCCUGUCUGAACGGCAGUCUGGGGACGUGGAGCUGGUUCUGGCCUAUGCCGCCCCCAUCCUCGACCAGCGCCAGACCUCACGCCUCCUCAAGGAGGUGGCGGCUGUCCACCCGCUGCCCGCCCAGCCUCACCUCAAGAGAGUGCGGCCAAGCCGUGACGCCAGCUGCCCUCACACACUGGAGAUUCUGCUGUGCCUGGCAGGGCCGGCUGCAGGCGCACGAUCGCUGGCCGACCUCCUCCCGCAGCCGGCCGUGGAUCCCUGUGGCUUGGGCCCACCCUUCCUAGUGCCUGUGCCUGCCUGGCCACCGCUGACCAGGCGCCAGUUUGAGAAGGCACGGGCCCACUGGCCCACGUCCUUCCAUGAGGACAGGCAGGUGGCCCGUGCUCUGGCUGGGUGCCUCUUCUCAGCACAGGAGCGGGCUGCCAUGCAGGGCUACAUGGAGCGGGCCUUGUGGGCCGCACGGCAGGCAGCCGCCAGGGGCCUGAGGGCCAUGGGGGCCGUGGUGGUGGACCCGGCUGCAGGCCACGUGCUGGCCAUGGGCCACGACUGCAGUAGUUCAGCCAGCCCCCUGCUGCACGCCACUAUGGUGUGCAUUGACCUGGUGGCCCAGGGCCAGGGCCGCGGUGCCUAUAACCUCAGGCGCCACCCCGCCUGCUCCUUUGCCCCGGCCACCACCCCCCAGGCUGCACGGGCUGGCUCCGUGCGCAAGCUGGACGCAGACGCGGACACAGGCGUGGAUGGCCUCCCCUACGUGUGCACUGGCUAUGACCUCUACAUCACCCGUGAGCCCUGUACCAUGUGCGCCAUGGCCCUGGUGCAUUCGCGCGUGCAGCGUGUCUUCUAUGGGGCGCCUUCGCCUGAUGGUGCCCUGGGGACCCGCUUCCGUGUCCACGCCCGGCCCGACCUCAACCACCGCUUCCAGGUGUUCCACGGUGUGCUGGAGGCCCAGUGCCGCCAGCUGGACCCCUGUGCCUAGGCGCCCGCAGACGGCCUCCUCGGCCUCCUGUCAGAUGCCGUCCCUGGCAAGAAGACCCGGGCUGUGGACUUCAGAGAGACGCACACCCCAGCUGUGCGUCUGCCCAGACCCAGCUUUCACUGGGCUCGAGCGCAGCAGGCACCUCGCAGCCAGGCCCCUGGGCCUUGCUCUUCUGCUACUUUCAGCCCUGAGCCCACAGGUCCACCGGGAUCAUGUCCCUUUUGUCUCAGGUGUUAGAAAGCGGUUCUGAUGUGAAAAUAAACAACCCCAGAACCAG